AUGCAGUCACUUCAUGCUAAAGAAUGUGGUAAUCGCAGCAUCCAACAAAUGGACGACCACACUUUGCUUGCACUUCGACUUUCCCGCAUUGUCUGCGAGUCCAGAUCAACUCCGAACCUCUGCACCAUGAAUUUUUGGCCCACGAUUCAACAACGCAUCACGACAAAAACCAAAGCGCCUGGAUUUACUCAGUCUGGUGUGUAUAUGGAUGACAUUGAAGCGUUGAAGUAUCUGGCAUCGAAUAUCACAAAAAUUGACAAGGUGGAUGUGCUAAUGGCCUCGCUAAAAGUAUUGCUGUUGGAGCAAGCUAUCACCGAUACUAAAGACCGACUUGAUCGUUCUAUGCUGAUGCGUUUAAUGAUGCAAAUCAGUUGCAAUUGUAUUGGCAUAUCCACUACCUGUUUUGAUCAUUCAGAUAUGGAUGAAGAGAUCACCAGUCAGCGUGAAAUCCGUACUGGAUCGGGCAUAUACCCAACUGCAUCACUCAUCAACCACAGAGCAUCCAAGAAUAUCCGUAAAGGAAAUGCCAUCACUAUAUCCUAUGGCGAAUCUGCUGGACGUAGCUUGAGGGCGACUAGACAACAAAAUUUAAAAGCAGGCUGGGGAUUCGAGUGUCGAUGUUCAGCAUGCAUAUCUGAAGAUGAUACCAAGGAUCGACAGUUGGCUGGUUUAAAGUGUCCUGGAUGUCCUUACCCGCUUUAUGAGGGGGAACCUCGAUGUCCCAAAUGCCAUUCUAUUGUGGACAUUUCUCGCCAGCAAAAGGUUAUGGCCAAGAUCGAUGCAGUAUGGCAUGAAUGCCAAGACCAUAGAAAACAUGAUAACGUAGCCAGCCUCAUCCAAACACUGCAGGGCAUUCAAACUGACCUAGAAUCAAUCAUGCAUCCCUCAUCGAGCAGACUUGGUUGUAUGUACGACAAUCUUGCCUCGCUCAAUGUGCAGCUUGCCAAACAGGGGGACAACCGCAUAUUACUUUCAUGGUGUGAAAAACUAUUAGAAAGCUCGAUCCGCAUUGUUGAAGGUAUAUUUGGACUCACCAGUAUUGAAGCCGCCAAUGAGCACAACAAAAUGGCGUAUUUUAUGAUGGCAGUUGAUGCGGAAAAAGGGAUCAAGAUUGCUCGACAUGCCGAAGGAUUGUUUCGCACAUUAUAUGGAGACCAAUGCAGAGAGAUUUUCCAGUUGCAUGGGAUCAUUGCAGUGAUGCAGAAGACUCUUGGCAUUCCUUAUUGUAAACUGGAUAUUGCACGGAAUAUGCGAGAGUUGGAGUUGGCUGAGAUGGGAUUUAAUUGA